AUGGGUCCCUUUGCCACCUCUCUGGCCGUGCUGUUGGCCGGCGCCAGCACCGCGUCCGGCACCGUCUUUUCGCUCAAGGAGUCGUACGACGCGUCCAACUUUUUCAACAAGUUUGAUUUCUUCGAGGCAUGCUUUAUUUUUCUUUUAUUUUCUUCUUUUGGCGGCAAGUUUGGCACCGGCAACCCCAACGACCAUGAUCCCAGCAAGGGCUUCGUCAACUACGUGAGCCGCGACGUCGCCUUUGCCAGCGGCUUGGCCAAGUACCAGGGCGACGACGUGUACAUUGGCGUUGACGCCAAGAACACGUGGUGGUCGCCCGACGGCCGGCCCAGUGUGCGGCUCGAGUCGAAAAAGGACUACACCAAGGGCCUCUUCAUCGCGCGCUUCAACCACCUUCCCAAGCGGGCGUGCGGCGCCUGGCCGGCAUUCUGGACGUACAGCAAGGUCGGCACCUGGCCCAACGGCGGCGAGAUUGACAUGUACGAGAACUGGAACCUGGCUACGCAGAACCACCCGACGUUCCACACGGGCGACGUCGACGCCGUCGGCCGCUGCGUCAUCAACACGGCCGGCAGCACCGGCUCGCUCCUGCGCGCCGACUGCUCGCACGACGACACCAACACGGGCUGCAACGUGGCCGACACCAAGGGCCCGUGGGCGUCGCCCGACGGCGGCAUCUAUGCCAUGGAGUGGACGGACAGCUACAUCCGCGUCUUUGCCUGGUCGCACGCCGACGCGCCGAGCAAUAUCGGCUCGACGCGCCCCGACACGGCGGCAUGGGGCAAGCCCGUGAUCGAGGUGCAGGACGGGCCGUGCAACAUCAAGCGGCAGUUUGGCCCGCAGAAGCUGGUGCUCAACAUUGACUUUUGCGGCGACGCGGCGGGAAACCCGUACCUGUGGAAUCAGGAGUGCGGCCCGGUGACGGGCGAGCAGGAGUGCUACCAGUAUGUGCGGAACAACCCGGAGCAGUACAAGGAUGUAUACUGGAGGGUUCAGGAUAUUCGGUACUUUGAGGAGGGGAAUGAGCCUGAUCCUACGUCGUCGUCUACCACGUCGUCGUCUACUGCCUCGUCUACUACCUCGUCUACCACGUCGUCUACUACCUCGUCUACCACGUCGUCUACUACCUCGUCUACUACGACUACGUCGACGACGACUUCUUCAACUUCUUCGACCACGUCUACGUCGACAACGACUUCUUCGACUUCUGCCACCAGUUCCACAACUUCUUCAACCAUCCCUCCCACCACCUCUUCCACCGCCUCUUCGACCACUUCUUCAACUAUCCCUCCCACCACUUCGACCGCCUCUUCGACCACUUCUUCGAGCAGUUCCACUAUUGGCACCACUAGCACCACUAGCACCAGCAUCACCAGCACGUCCUCCUCGUCCUCGUCUUCAAGCUCCAAUACCUCUAGCACAGACGGAAGCAGCUCCUCCUCGUCCUCGACAACCACAGAUAUCCCUACGAGCACCAGCAGCGCCACCACUUCGUCCUCGACGCUGACGUCUGCCUCGUCAAGCUCCACUUCGGCCACUACCUCUUCGAGCGACAGCCUAACAAGCUCAUCCCAAGUCUCCACUAGCUCAUCAACUGCUGUCUCAACCUCGUCGUCUUCUGUCCCUGUUUCCUCUUCCUCUUCCACGUCCACCACGUCCGGCUCCACGUCCUCUUCCUCCUCCAUCGACCCCGGCUCCUCUUCCUCGGCCACGCCGACUUCGCUCCCGACCGGCAGCAGCUCAUCCUCCUCUGCCCAACCCGCGACCAGCACUAGCGCCGCGUCCUCAUCAGGCUCGAGCACCUCAUCAGCCGGCACAGCCACCCGCAGCUCUAGCGCCGGCCCCGUCACGGCCUCUUCUUCCUCGAGCACUUCUGUCCCGACCGCCUCGUCGUCGCAGGAGGAGUGGACGACAUCGACCGUCUUCGCGACGACAACCUACACAGUCACCAGCUGCGCUCCCACCGUCACCAACUGCCCCAAGGGCCAGGUCGUGACCGAGACCAUUCCGCUGUACACCACCGUGUGCCCCGUCACCAGCGCCGGUACAAGCACGGCAACCCCCUCUGGCAGCAGCAGCAGCAGCGGCAGCGGCAGCGCUCCCGAGACAGUCACUACCAAGAUCACCAAAGUCUACACCAUCACCAGCUGCGCCCCGACCGUCACCAACUGCCCCGUCGGCAAGGUCACCACCGAGGUCCUCACCAGCACCCUUUCCGGCAGCAAGAGCAGCAUCAGCGAGCCCGGCCCGUCCUCGUCCGGCACGGGCGCUCUCCUGGUUGAGCCGGCCACGAGAAUUGCUACUCCCGCGUCGGUCGCCACGGCCGCGAGCAGCAUUCAGCAGCUGCCGUCUACCGGCGUGGCUGUCGCGGCUACUGGCGUUCCCAGCGUCGCCACCUCGGCUGCGCAUGUCGCCUCGACUGGCAUUGCUCCCUCCAGCACUCACAAGCCCGCCGGUGCUCAGACACAGCCCCCGAUUGCUGCCUUGGCCAGCCCAGCCAAGUCUGUGUCCAAGGCGGUCGCUCUGGUCGCAGGCAUGCUAGUCGCCGCUCUCUUCUUGUAA